AUUAUCUAAAAAAAUUUUUCACAAAAGCUUAUAGAAAUUAAAAACAAUCUAUAAUUAAAUACAUUAUGUUUACUCAAAAGACUUCUACAUUUGCCUUUUUGGCUCUUCUCUUCUUUGUUGCUCUUGUUGCUUCACUUCCAUCCACUUUUUCCCCUAACCUUCAGGUUCGACAGGAAGAAACUGUCGCUCGCGCAAAUUUCACUGAUGCUAAUAAAGCUGUAGGAGAGGUCUUAUUCGUUCGAGUUCCCAGACAGGCCUGCGAAGCAAUAUUACAAUUUUUUGAAGGAUUUGAUUCAACGGAUCCAGAAGAUUAUUUUUUCAUAAUUGGCGGUAAGGAUGUUUCGGAUACCAUGAGAAAAAACCUAAAAAUCUCUAAUGGGGCGACAGCACCGGAUCCAGCAAUUUUUGAAGAAUUUUUUUGUGAUGGACUAGAUGGUAAAGAGUUCAUUAUUAAGCUACAAGAUGAAGAGAUUGGAAGUACUAUCAUUGAAGGAAAUUAGCAAUAGUUUUAAUCUACAUAAAAUUAAUAAUAAUUGAAUAAUUUUACUAUAAUUUUUUGUUUUACUUUUGUAUUAUUUAUAAUUUAUAU